AUGGAUGGGACGUGGCUAGCCCGCAGAGUUCUCUGUCUUUGGAUCUCGAUCUGUCUCUGUCGUUGCUGCGUUUCCGCGAAGAAUGAGAAAGUCUUCGACUACUGCGGAGAGGAUGUCUGCGUUGCCGGCACGGGACCCCACCUGGCCUGCAAACAUUCACGGGCAUUCGACAGCGCAAAGUAUCCGCCGGGCGCAAGGCUGCUGAGGAUUGACAACUCCCUGGCCCGCUUCAUCGUCAGGGAGCACAACGGGGCCCGGAAUCAGGUGGCGCGUGGCACCUUCCGCAAAUUGCCUCCAUCGCGACGCACCCUAACCGUCCGCUGGGAAGAGCUACUGGCCUGGCUGGCAGAGCUCAGUGUGAUGAAGUGUCAGCUGGAGCGACACACCUGUUUCGGGUCGCAUAUAUAUACGUGGAUCUAA